UCUUUGCGUGACCUCCCCUCUAUAUAUUUCCCUUACAUUUUCUCUACUCCAUACCAAACUGUACUCACAGCUCUCUCUCUCUCUGGUUCAACCUUAAUACAUAUCGAUCUCAAUCGAGCCAUGACGGUUUCCGGUCCGGGCAGAUGGGCCGACACCAAAGGCAUGACCCUCCAGGUCCUCAACGGCCGGUGGUUCAUGGUCUUUGCAUCUCUUUUAAUCAUGUCCGCUGCCGGCGCUACCUACAUGUUCGGCCUCUACUCUCCCGACAUCAAAAAGGUCCUCGGCUACGACCAAAGCACACUCAACCUCCUCAGCUUCUUCAAAGACUUGGGCUCCAACGUCGGCAUCCUCUCCGGCCUCCUCAACGAGGUCACGCCGCCGUGGGUGGUCCUCGUGGUCGGCGCCGUCCUCAACUUCUUCGGAUACUUAAUGAUCUGGCUCUCCGUCACCAAGAAAAUCGCCAGACCAAAAGUCUGGCAGAUGUGUCUCUACAUUUGCAUCGGCGCCAAUUCCCAGUCGUUCGCCAACACCGGCUCGCUGGUCACGUGCGUCAAGAACUUCCCCGAGAGCCGCGGCGUCGUUUUGGGCCUCCUCAAGGGCUACGUCGGCCUCAGCGGCGCCAUCAUCACUCAGAUGUAUUAUGCUUUCUACUACGACGACACCAGAUCCUUGAUUUUGCUCAUCGGGUGGCUUCCGGCUGCCAUAUCGUUCGCCUUUCUGAAGACUAUUAGGAUCAUGAAGGUGAUCAGACAAAGCAACGAGGUCAAGGUGUUCUACAACAUGUUGUACAUCUCUCUCGGGCUCGCUGGCUUUCUGAUGAUCAUGAUCAUAAUACAGAAUAGGGUGCACUUCACUCAAGGGGAGUACGGAGCCAGCACCGCCAUGGUGCUCUUCUUGCUCGCCCUCCCCAUCGUGGUGGUUGUAAUUGAGGAGUACAAGAUUUGGGAGAGCAAAAAACUCGAGAUGAACGGUGACGUCAAAAUAGUCACUGAAAAGCCCAUCCCUGCUGCCGUCUCAACCGAUAAACAAUUAGUGGAUGAAGCUCCUGAGUCCACCGCGGAACCUACCCAAUCUUGUUGGAAAACUUGUUUUCAGCCACCAAAUAGAGGGGAGGACUACACAAUUCUCCAAGCUCUAUUCAGCAUUGACAUGCUCAUACUAUUCAUGGCGUGCAUAUGUGGUGUUGGGGGCACAUUGACCGCAAUUGACAAUUUGGGUCAGAUUGGGACUUCGUUGGGAUAUGCCACCCGCAGCAGGAGCACUUUCGUGUCCCUAGUCAGCAUAUGGAAUUAUCUCGGUCGAGUAGUUGCCGGAUUCUACUCUGAAUUCUUACUAAAACGAUACAAAUUCCCUCGUCCUCUCAUUCUAACCCUAACCCUCUUGCUCUCUUGCGUUGGUCAUCUCCUCAUUGCCUUCAAUGUUAAAAAUGGCCUCUACCUGGCCUCGGUCAUAAUAGGGUUUUGCUUCGGCGCCCAAUGGCCUUUGCUCUUCGCCAUAAUCUCCGAGCUCUUCGGGCUCAAGUACUACUCAACCUUGUACAAUUUCGGUUCAGCCGCGAGCCCCGUCGGCUUGUACCUGCUCAACGUGAAACUCACCGGUCAUGUGUACGAUAAGGAGGCGAGGAAGCAAUUGGAUGCUUCAGGGCUCACUAGGAAAGAAGGGGACGAGUUGGAUUGCGUUGGUGGAGAGUGCUUCAAGUUGUCCUUUAUUAUAAUUGCAGCUGCCACAUUUUUUGGGGCACUGGUUUCACUGAUUUUAGUGAUGAGGACAAGGAAGUUUUACCAGAGUGAUAUAUACAAGAAGUUCAGAGAGGAGGCAGAAAAAAAUGCUGAGACUGAAAUGGCCGUGGGAGAAAAUGGUGUCACCAAUGGCCAUCACCAAACCAAUGAAAGAUCAUAGAGAUUAAUGCAUAUAUGUAUAUGCUGUGCUUUCUUUUGUUAUUUUUUCAUGUUGAAACCCAUGAAAUAGGUUUAGAGUUUAGGGAAAAGGAAACUAUAUAGAUCAUGCAUGUGUGAUCUUUCAAAUUUGUGUGAGAUUUUUACAUUAGUGUCGAUAUUUUCAGUGUAGCCUUCUUUUUCUCCAACUUGUCAAUAAAAUAGAGAGCGUCGGGCACUGGUAAUAUACAA